UCAUCAAUGGAUUCAGUUACGAUCGCAUAAUAUGCAUUUGGAGUAUGAAAACUCAACAGUCAGUCACCUUCCAAAGACGUGUGCCAUUGUUUCUUUGUUGAGAGACUGUGUGAAGCGUAUAUGGGUUUACACUGAGGUUGUAUAAAUAUAAAGAGCAGAGAUGGAAAAGCCUGAAAUUGAUGUGGUUAAUGCACAUCUCCUCACUUUAUACAGCAACAUGGAAACAAAAGAAAAAGUUAAUUUUUAUGACUCUUGGGCUCAGGACUACGAGCAGCACAUGAUUGUGAUGGAUUACCAGGCUCCCAGGUUCAGUGUGGAGACUCUGGACGCUGUCUAUCUCGGAGAUCGGGACAGUGCUCUGGUCCUGGACGUGCCUUGUGGAACAGGGCUAGUGGCUGAAACUUUGCAGAAGCUGGGAUUUAAACAUUUCCAUGGGAUUGAAGGCAGCAAACAAAUGUUGAAAAUAGCUGAAUCGAAAGAUCUGUAUCAGAGACUGACACAUCACAUGGUAACUGCAGAUAACCCACUGCCUGCACAACCAGAUUCCUAUGAUUUAGUGAUGAUUGUCGGUGGACUGGCUCAACAACAUCUGCCCUGGGAAAUCCUUCCAGAAAUGCUGAGGGUCACCAAAUCAGAUGGUUUUAUCUGCUUCACACUGAGAGCUGAGGAGAGUGAACACAGACGUAACCUGCUCACUUCAAUCCAAGAACUGGUGAACAAGGGGCUAUGGGAGAAGGUUGUUGAACGCUAUGUGGAGAAGUGGCAGAGGGACAUGCUUCCGACUGGGCUGGCAGAAGAGUAUGCCGAUGGCAUUGUGACUGUCUACAGGAAGAAAUAAUGAUUAGAGCUGAUAAUCAUCAAUUCCUGGAUAUUCUGGUAGCAUCACAUUUUAAAAUCUUAACUGAACGUAUUGAAUGUGAAGAGGAAUGAGAUCGAACUCACUGAAUACAAAUAAACUAAUGAGUCACUUUCCCUUUCCUUGUCUCUUUGCUCUUCAUUUGUAGUGAAUAUGGUGUUAACGUUGUAUCGUAUGUGUGUUUAAAGGAUGUGAUCAGAUACGUGGAGACAGGAAUUAUACUAAUUUUUAAUAAAAGGCAUGGACUCAAAA